AUGGGUGGCGCAAGUCGUGAAGGCGGUAAAGUGAAGCCUUUGAAGGCACCCAAGAAGGAGAAGAAGGAAAUGGACGAAGACGAAAUUGCUUUCAAGGCUAAACAACAGGCUGACGCCAAAGCUCGAAAAGAAAUGGCCGACAAGGCAAAGGGAAAAGGACCGAUGAACGCAGGCCAACAAGGCAUCAAAAAGAGCGGAAAGAAAUAG